UUGGGAGACAUGGGGACACAGUGGGACGUGGGCACACACAGUGGCGUGGGGAUGCAGAGACAUGAGCUGGCACUGGGGGAUUUGGGGACACGGGGUCGUGGAGAUGCUGGGGGUGGCAUGGGGGACACAGGCAUGUUGGGGGACACGAGGACAACAGAGGGUGUGGGGAUGCUGGUAAUGGCGUGGGGACGUGGGGAUGCAUGUUUAUGUUACAGUGGGGGGAUGCGUGGUCCCAAGACUGGAGCUGGUAGGGGGCUUGCACAGCCCCCCUGGGGAUGUGGGGGAUUGCAGGGUGAGCAGCAGGAGGGGACACGGGGGUAGCAGUGGUGGUGCUCAGGGUUGUCCCCUGUCCCCAUGAGCCGGCUGAGCGCUGGUGCGUGCCGGUGUGGGGUGGGGACAGGAGGGGACGUGCUGUUGACUGUACACAGCCCACACCCACAGUGACACUGGGUGCAGCCGGUUCCCCCCAGUCCCCUGCGGUGACUGUCCCCAUAUAAUGUGUGUGCCACCAGCUGUGCCAUCAGUGCCACCGCCAUGGAGGGGGACGUGGGGACACGGGUGGCCGACGUUGAGAAGGAGAGCCUGCUGGGUGCCGUGCACGGCGUCUCGGGGCCCGUGGUGACGGCCAUACGCAUGGCUGGGGCAGCCAUGUAUGAACUGGUGCGUGUGGGGCACGCGGAGCUGGUGGGGGAGAUCAUCCGCCUGGAGGGGGACAUGGCCACGCUGCAGGUGUACGAGGAGACCUCGGGGGUGCGGGUGGGGGACCCGGUGCUGCGCACGGGUCAGCCGCUCUCGGUGGAGCUCGGUCCUGGCAUCCUGGGCUCCAUCUUCGAUGGCAUCCAGCGCCCGCUGCGGGACAUCGCACAGCUGACGGGUGGCAUCUACAUCCCACGGGGUAUCAACGUCCCCGCGCUGCCACGGCACCUCACCUGGGACUUUGUCCCCAGCAAGAGCAUCCAGGUUGGCAGCCACGUCACCGGUGGGGACAUCUAUGGGACAGUGACAGAGAACUCACUCAUCCAACACAAGAUCAUGGUGCCACCCCGCAGCCGUGGCACCGUCACCCACAUCGCACCACCAGGGCACUACAGCGUCUCGGAUGUGGUGCUGGAGCUGGACUUCGAGGGUGUGAGCGAGCAGCUGACCAUGAUGCAGGUGUGGCCGGUGCGGCAGACCCGGCCCGUGGUGGAGAAGCUGACAGCAAAUCACCCACUGCUGACGGGACAGCGUGUGCUGGAUGCGCUUUUCCCGUGCGUGCAGGGCGGCACCACGGCCAUCCCCGGCGCUUUCGGCUGCGGCAAAACCGUCAUCUCGCAGUCCCUGUCCAAGUACUCCAACAGCGACAUCAUCGUCUACGUGGGCUGCGGGGAGCGCGGCAACGAGAUGUCCGAGGUGCUGCGGGACUUCCCCGAGCUCACCAUGGAGGUGGAUGGGAGGACGGAGAGCAUCAUGAAGCGCACCACGCUGGUGGCCAACACCUCCAACAUGCCAGUGGCCGCCCGCGAGGCCUCCAUCUACACUGGCAUCACGCUGUCUGAGUAUUUCCGCGACAUGGGGCUCCACGUCAGCAUGAUGGCCGACUCCACCUCCCGCUGGGCCGAGGCGCUGCGAGAGAUUUCGGGGCGUUUGGCUGAGAUGCCGGCGGACAGCGGGUACCCCGCGUACCUGGGCGCUCGCCUGGCGUCCUUCUACGAGCGUGCGGGGCGGGCGCGCUGCCUGGGGUCCCCACUCCGAGAGGGCAGCGUCAGCAUCGUUGGAGCGGUGUCACCGCCCGGAGGGGAUUUCUCGGACCCUGUCACCUCAGCCACGCUGGGCAUCGUGCAGGUGUUUUGGGGUCUGGACAAGAAGCUGGCGCAGCGCAAGCACUUCCCAUCAGUGAACUGGCUGAUCAGUUACAGCAAAUAUUUGCGGGCGCUGGAGCCCCACUACGAGCGGCUGCACCCUGACUUCCCCGCGCUGCGCACCCGCGCCAGGGAGAUCCUGCAGGAGGAGGAGGAUCUGGCUGAGAUCGUGCAGCUCGUGGGGAAGGGGGUUAAGAGGUCACUCGUAGGGAAUCAGGGGACCCACAGAGUGACACCGAUGCUGCCCCCUCCCCCCCCCUUCCCCCCCCAGGACCCGGUGAAGGACGGCGAAGCCAACAUCACAGCUGCCUUCACGCAGCUCAACGAGGAGAUGCAGGCAGCCUUCCGCAACCUGGAGGACUGAGGGUCUCCCCCUGGACCCCCUGCUCCAAUAAAACCCCCUCACCCCAAUAAACCCCCACCCCAAUCACCCUCCACCUCCAUCGGGAUCCGUCCUCAGGGUCCCAUUUGUCCUCAUAGAAUCACAGAACAGCCUGGCUUGAAAAGGACCACGAUGCUCAUCUGGUUUCAACCCCCUGCUGUGCGCAGGGUCCUCAACCACCAGACCGGGCUGCCCAGAACCACAUCCAACCUGGCCCCAUUGGAAGCAAUUCUUUGUUGACCACACUGUGCCCUGUUCCUCCCGUGGGUGACUUAGACUGGUUGAAAGCAGCCGUGUCUGCCACUGCCCUUCUUUACAACGUUCUUUUCCAUCACACAAAGCAGUGCUCUUUGACACGGUCCCCCACCGCAUCCUUAUCUCCAAACUGGAGGGAUGUGGGUUUGAUGGGUGGGCCACUCGAUGGAUGAGAAAUUGGUUGAAAGGCUGCAGGCAGAGGGUGGUCAUCAGUGGCUCCGUGUCCAGUAGUGAGCGGCGUCCACCAGGGGUCUGUUUUGGUGCUCUGUAACAUCUUUAUCAAUGACAUCAAUGAUGGAAUCCAGGGCACCCUCAGCAGGUUUGCUGAUGACACCGAGCUGAGCGGUGCAAUAGACAGGGUUGAAGGACAGGAUGCCAUUCAGAGGGACCUCGAGAGGCUGGAAAGUUGGGCUUGGGUGAAGCUGAUGAGGUUCAA